CUUGUUCCUCCUCCGCGUUGAACUCAAGUUGGAGACGAGACUCUGUUAAAACGAUGUAAACCAGUUGACAACUUCUGUGAUCCUUAUGGUACCCAGUCAAAGCUGGUAUAUUCUGGAACAUCAGCAGGCAGCAGUUCUAACACACGAAGUCAAACGUCUUUAGAAAUUUGGCCCUCGGUUUUUCUCACUCUUUGCCUCCUCACCUUCUCUUAUAAAAGCACCCUUUCCCUCUCAACCAACAAUCGUCCUAGCUACGACCUUCUCUGAUCGAGAGCCUCAGCAAGCGCAAGAAGAGUCUGUCAUUCCUCCUGAGCAUACGAUCAUUUACCUCGUCGGUUCCUGGUCGUCUUGCGCGACUGAACCACUGUCAUUAUGUCUUUCGCGCCAGUUGAUCCCCCGAAGUUGAAGGGCGACAGCAAGAAGAGGGUGGCAUACUUCUACGAUUCCGAUGUUGGAAACUACGCCUACGUAUCGGGUCACCCCAUGAAGCCUCACCGAAUACGACUUGCGCACUCCCUUGUCAUGAACUAUGGCCUCUACAAACAGAUGGAAAUUUACCGUGCGAAGCCUGCGACCAAGUAUGAAAUGACGCAAUUCCAUACAGACGAAUACAUCGAUUUUCUAGCCAAGGUCACACCUGAUAAUAUGGAUUCAUAUGCAAAAGAGCAGCAAAAAUACAACGUCGGAGACGACUGUCCCGUGUUUGACGGACUCUUUGAGUUCUGUGGUAUUAGCGCGGGUGGCUCCAUGGAAGGCGCGGCACGCCUCAAUAGGCAAAAAGCCGACAUCGCGAUCAACUGGGCCGGUGGUCUGCAUCAUGCGAAAAAGAGUGAAGCCAGUGGGUUUUGCUACGUCAACGACAUCGUCCUGGGCAUCAUCGAGCUGCUACGAUUUCAUAAGAGAGUUCUUUACAUUGAUAUCGACGUCCAUCAUGGGGACGGCGUUGAGGAAGCUUUCUACACCACCGACAGAGUCAUGACCGCCUCUUUCCACAAGUACGGCGAAUACUUUCCUGGCACUGGUGAGCUCAGGGAUAUUGGCGUAGGGUUAGGCAAGCACUAUGCUGUCAAUUUUCCUCUCCGUGAUGGCAUUGACGAUGCCUCCUACAAGAGUAUUUUUGAACCUGUGAUCCGAGCCAUCAUGGAGUUCUAUCAACCUGAAGCAGUCGUAUUGCAAUGUGGUGGCGACUCUCUCUCGGGCGAUCGACUUGGAUGUUUCAAUCUCAGCAUGAAGGGUCACGCGAACUGUGUGAACUUUGUCAAGUCAUUCAAUUUGCCCACUCUGAUUGUAGGUGGGGGUGGCUACACAAUGCGGAAUGUCGCCAGAACCUGGGCCUUUGAGACUGGAUGCCUCGUUGGAGAGCCUAUGCACCCUAAUCUGCCCUACAACGACUAUUACGAGUACUAUGCGCCUGACUACGAACUAGAUGUGCGACCAUCCAACAUGGACAAUGCCAACUCCAGGGAGUACCUUGAAAAGAUCUUAGUUCAAGUCCUCGACAACUUGAAGAGAACUGCCCACGCGCCAUCUGUACAGAUGACUGACGUACCCAGCCAGUCGCUCGGGAUGAACGAUGAUGACGAAGCAGCUCUGGACGAUCUAGACGAAGAACAGACUGGCGACAUCCGCGUGUCUCAGCGUAGGGCAGACAAGUACGUUGAGAAGAAUGGAGAACUAUCCGAUAGCGAUGAAGAAGUUGUGGAAGAUUCAAAUGGACGUCUCGGCAGUAGGAAACGACGCAUCAUUCAGAAUUAUCGCAAAAUCACGGAUGUUGGCAAUGACUCUGGACUCGAAACUGGAAGCGGGGUUGAAACGCCACAGCAAGAUUGGAGCCUUCCUGGGGACGAAAUGAACGUAGACGAGAGUUUGAACGAUGAGAUUCGUCAAAUUCUAGGUGGGAGUGCUGCACCUGCGAGUGGUUCUGCGGUUGCUUCAAAGCCACAUUCGCCUGCUGUAGCGGCCGCCGCCGAUGGUGACGUCGAGAUGGGAGAUGCGGAUGCUGAGCCUGCCACUACCAUCAGUCCGCAUGCAGCUGAUGAAGAGUCUACCAUCAGCGUCGAGAACAAGCCCGCCCAACAGAAGACUCCUCCAGAGUCGCCCUCUGCACAGCAACCGACCGAUGGCGAUAUGCCUGCUUCGACGACAACGAAAGUCGAGGGUGCUGCUGAUGAUACCCGUGCUGUAGUAGUGGCAGCGUCGUCCGGCAGCCAGCCAGACGCCACAGGAGCACCGACGGAAGAAACAGCAGUCAAGCAAGAAGUCGCUGGAGAUGACGAAGUUGCCAAAGCGCAAGAGGAAGGCAGAUUAGAGAGAGAAGCAGCCAAUGCAAAGGGCGAGGCUCGAACUGAAGCUGCUGCUCGAGCAGAGAUGGAUGAUGGGCCUGAGGCAGAGCUGUAGAGUGGCCCAGGCGGGAAUGACGCAGACAAUGAAAUCGCAGAGGCUGAGGCUAACAGCAGACUUUCUUACAUGCGUACCAGGCCAGACGCAUUGGAACUUCCAGGUCGUCCCAGAAGUCUCCCCAGAGGUUACGGCUACCCUAGAUUCGAAGAUCUGUUCCAGGCUGGCGUGGCGGAAGUUAGCAAAGAAGGGAAACGAACAUUACGAAAUGGGAAGACAAUCUCACAAUAGCUACGACUCUCUUGUGAGAGAGGUGGCGGGAGAUGCGCCGACAGAGAAUUAAAGCCUUGUUCCUUGUGCGCUAGGAGUAUGGUCUGAAUUGAUGGUUCUGCACUGGGUAUGUAUUGUGGACGGUUCAGCCAAAGCAAUGAUCCUCGAACUCAGCAACAUACACUGUAGGCAGCAGGGAGAGGACGGAAGGCGUGUGGCGCGACAAAAGUGCUGGCUUAGCAUAUUGACAUGGACACGGAGUAUCACUCGCCAGGGAUGGAGUUGAAGCGGCUCUCGUGUGCGUCGACUGUAUUUGUACCUGAUUUUACUUCGUUGAUUUGCAUUGAUAACGAUACCACUAUUUUCCAUUCUAGCCAGAGUAUUGCAU